AUGUCUUUCUGGACCUUUGCACCGAAGCCCAAGACCCCGUUGGGGUAUCAUCGGGUCCUCUCGCCAACCGCGGGCGUCAAAGUGUCACCUCUGUGCUUGGGGGGCAUGAACUUUGGUGAAGGAUGGGAGCACUUUAUGGGAAAGUGCAGUAAAGACGAUGCAUUUGCGCUGAUGGAUGCGUUUUAUAAUAUGGGUGGCAAUUUCAUUGAUACCGCCAACAACUAUCAAGAAGGCGACUCUGAAAGGUGGAUUGGAGAGUGGAUGGAGAGUCGUGGGAAUCGGGACCAGAUUGUUCUUGCGACCAAAUAUACAACUGGUUUUCGUGACCAGAAUAUUGACACCGAACGAAUUCAGUCCAAUUUCGUUGGUAAUUCGGUCAAAUCACUCCAGACUUCGGUCAAACACAGCUUGAGAAAUCUGCGCACCGAUUACAUUGACCUGCUUUAUGUGCACUGGUGGGACUUCACAUCCGGUGUCGAGGAGGUGAUGCAUGGCUUGAACGCCCUAGUCACGGCGGGCAAGGUCCUGUACUUGGGCGUGUCAGAUACGCCCGCCUGGGUUGUUGUCAAAGCGAACGAGUACGCCCGCGCUAACGGCCUGCGGCCCUUCUCUGUCUAUCAAGGGCUCUGGAAUCCGCUGCGUCGCGACAUGGAGAGUGAGAUUAUCCCAAUGUGUAGAGACCAGGGCAUGGGUAUAGCCCCGUGGGGUCCUCUUGCUCAGGGAAAGCUCAAGACUGCCAAAGCUCGGGGAGUAAAAGGUGGAGGCCGAUCGGACGGGGACAUGACGGAGGAUGAGAUCCGCGUGUCGGAUGCCCUUGAUGAAGUCGCGAAGAGCAGAAAUACCACUCUCGCGGCUGUGGCCCUUGCAUAUCUGCUCCACAAGACACCAUACGUUUUCCCGAUAGUCGGGCAGAGGAAGAUCGAGCACCUGAAAGCCAACGUGCAAGCUCUUGAGAUCGAGCUGACCAAAGAAGAUAUGGACAAGAUCGAUGCGGCCGUACCGUUCGAUCCUGGUUUCCCAAUGAGCUUCAUCUUCCCUGGCAAAUACGAUUUGACCCUUACUGCUGCCGAUGUUCCCUUGACGCGGAAGGCCGGCCAUAUCGAUGCGCCCCCUCAACAGGGAAUAGUGCCCCCGAGGAAGAUGUCGCAGAUAUAG